AUGAUCAUACCUACUGUGUCAAUCACACAACAAAAAGAAACGGAGCUUCAUGUUUUCUGUGACGCCUCAGAAUUAGCAGUCUCGGCAGUCGCUUACCUCCGGACGUACGAUGACCAAGGAAAGGAACACAUUGGGUUCGCUCUAGGAAAAUCCAAGGUAGCCCCUAAACAUGGACACACAAUACCCCGUUUGGAAUUGUGCGCUGCAUUACUGGGAACUGAAAUCGCCCAGAUAAUACAACGUAACCUUAGUAUAGACUUAAAGCUGACAUCCUAUUACAGUGACAGUAAGGUUGUACUAGGAUAUAUCUGCAAUAAGAAAAAAAGAUUCCACAACUACGUCUGCAAUCGAGUACAGAGAAUCUUAGAGGUGUCAAAUAGUGGUCAGUGGUCAUACGUUCCCACCAACAAGAAUCCAGCGGAUUGUGGAACUAGAGGUUUAUCGAACGCCAAGGACAUACAAGAACAGUGGCUCAACGGUCCCAAAACGCUUGAGGCAAAACAUCUAUCAAUAUAG